UAUAAUUUUCCUUUUCAGUCGUCUCACCUUGCUGCUCGUCUUGUAAAGGAAUGUGGACUUAAUUACAUGGGCUACAAGUGACAAUGUCGAGUGGCAUGGAGGUCGGGGUGAACCGGCAGCUGGGCCGCGCGCACUUGUCGCACCUGCCGCAGCGGCCGCCCGUCGACCUGAGCUUCCAGGACCUCACCUACACCGUGCAAAAUGGACGAAAAUCUAAACUCAUCCUUCGCGGGAUCACGGGCGAGUUCCGGUCGGGGCAGCUGACGGCGAUCCUCGGACCCUCGGGAGCCGGCAAGAGCACGCUGCUCAACAUACUAGCUGGAUACAGAGUAAUAGGAGCUAGCGGGCAGAUAUGUACGAACGGCGAGCCUCGAAACUUGCGUCAGUUCCGCAAACUGUCUCGAUACAUCAUGCAAGAGGACCUGCUACAGCCCCUUAUCACCGUGCAGGAGGCCAUGGCCAUCGCGGCGGACCUCAAGCUGGGCUCGGAAGUCAGCAGGAAAAAGAAAGGGGUUAUUGUAGAAGAAAUCGUGCAGUUGCUGCGGCUGAGUAAGGCGCGCGACACGGUGACGGAGCGGCUGUCGGGCGGCGAGCGCAAGCGGCUCGCCAUAGCGCUGGAGCUGCUUAACAACCCGCCCGUUGUGUUCCUCGACGAACCUACCACUGGUCUAGAUGACGUGGCUUCGUCAACGUGCGUGUCGCUGCUGAAGCGAGUGGCGCGCGGCGGGCGCACCGUGGUGUGCUCGCUGCACACGCCCUCCGCGCGGCUGUUCGCCGAGUUCGACCACGUGUACGUGGUGGCGGGCGGCCGCUGCGCCUACCAGGGCACCUCGGCGGGCGUCGUGCCCUUCCUCAACGAACUCAACCUGAUAUGCCCGACGACCUAUAACCCAGCUGACUUUGUGAUAGAAGUGUCAAGCGGCGAAUACGGGUCGCACGUGGACCGCAUGGUGGCUGCGGUGGAGAACGGGCGCAGCCAGCGCUGGCGCGACUACGCCGUCGCGGCCGCGGACCGUGACGACAUCGAGCAGCUGAACGCCGGGGGCGUCGAGGAACACAACUACACCUACGGCAGCACCUCAACACAGCAGUUUUGUAUACUGCUGAGGAGGAUGCUGCUGCAGACUUUUAGAAAUCGAGGCUACCUGCAGCUCCGCGUGGGUCUGCACCUGUUCCUGGGCUUCAUCAUCGGCUCGCUGUUCAGCAGGAUGGGCUACGACGCCUCCAAGACCAUAUUCAACUUCGGUUUCUGCUACGCCUGCAUCAUCGCCAUGUUCUACAUUCCUAUGAUGCCCGUGCUUUUAGCUUUCCCAACAGAAGUCCAAUUGGUGAAACGGGAGUACUUCAACCGUUGGUACGGGCUGAAGCCGUACUACGCGGCGCUGGUGGUGUCGCGCACGCCAGCUACCGUGGCCUUCAGUCUGCUGUACCUCUGCAUCACCUACCCGCUCACCUCGCAGCCCAUGGAACUGGACCGGAUCCUCAUGUUCACCUCUAUUUGUAUCGUGGUGGCGCUCAUCUCCGAGUCUAUGGGGACAGUCAUAUCGUCAACGUUAAAUGUAGUUAACUCGGUGUUCCUGGGCCCCGCAUUGAGCGUGCCUCUGAUGUUGCUGGCGGUGUACGGCAUCGGCUACGGCGACAUGCCGGCGCCGCUGUUCUGGCGGCUGGCGCGCGCGUGCUCCUUCAUGCGCUACGGGAUAGAGGGGCUGGUGGUGGCCAUCUAUGGCCCGCCGCGGGACGACCUCAUAUGCCCGGACCACGUGGACUACUGCGAGUACAAGAAUGUCAAGUACUUCGUUAAACUGAUGGGCAUGUCGGGGGUCUCUUUCUGGAUGGAUUUCGGCGUGCUGUUGCUGAUGCUAUGCGCCAUGAACAUGGCCGGCUACUACUUGCUGCGGCAGCGGCUGUCGCCCAACUACGCCUUCCGGGCCAUCAAAAUCAUCGGAACGUUUAUUAAGACGAAGAUGAGCAUUUCACCCUAUUAAGUAAUAGUAGAGAAAGAAAGAAAACGCAGCUUGAGUUGUUCUGCCAGAAAGUUGGACCGGUUAAGCAAGAGGAGUGCGUGCAUGACGGGGAAAAAAGGGAAACGAAGGAACGAUUUCUGAUUAUUAGGUAUUCCUCCAAGAAUGGACGUCUUAUGGUACAUAUGUAUUUAUGUUUUCUGAUAAUGAUGAGUAUACAGUGUAUAGUGGGAUAAACUGGAACUUGCCGAUGGUUACCUGCAGCUUUAAGCGUAAUUUUAAUGGACUACAUAUGUACGUAUUGUCUUCACAGAAAACGUAACGAUUAGGUUAGGUGAGACUGAAUGAACUUAAAAAAUCAAUAUGUAACUAGGUAAAUAAGUAAACAAGCCUAUAUUUUUAAGCUCGUGGUAGUGUGUGCAUAAUUUGUAUUUGGCAAGGACAAAUUCAUCAUGAAACAAGGCUUCUACCGCUGAAUAAGUGUAAGUAAGUAUAUUUGUGGGCAUAUGAGUUGGUUGUUUGGUAAAAAUACGCCUAUCAGCCAAGAGCCUGUUGCUUUUUGGCGAAGGAAAAUGGCACGAGGAAACCGGACUAAUCCUAUCUCAAUAAGGUCUGGAUUCCUCUAUAGAUUGAAAUAUCACAUAUCAGUCGCUGUCGUUAAACAUAAUGCCUGGCACAAUUCUGCGAAAAAGGUUAAAGGUUAGAGCGAACCCGAGGAUCCCCCAGGGGGCCGUGAUAACUCUAGGUAGAAUCCUCAAGAAGUUUAUAUUUUAUUGCAGAACAAACAACACAAUAUUUUAUGGUCUACAGGCCUACAUCACACUUCCCAUUGUACCUUUAAGGAGACAUUUCUGAUAGGUGGUUCUGUCUUAUAUUGUAAACGUUUUUGUGAUAAUUUAUUAUUAAAUGUGACGGUUCUUAUCUUAAUUAAGUAUGAAUACAUAACUCAUAAGUGCCAAAUAUGGGAACAUGAAAAAUAUAUUUUAUUAGAUUCUACAUUUAUUUUUAUUUCAGUUAAAUAUAGGUAUAAUUAAUAAUGUUAAUUAAUAAUUUAAUGUAUAUAUCUUAGUUACCUAUACUAAUUGGUCUCCUUAGAUCAGCCUUAAGGUAGGUACCUAUACAUACAUAAUAUAUAUUUUGGCAAAGUCGCUGUCAGUGGCGAAUAACGGUAUUGUCUUUUUCUUAUGUUAUUAUAACCAGACAAAGACAUCGUAAAUUUUAAAGCUUUUUCGGUACAGGGGAGUGGUGUUAACGGAAUUGGUAUAAACAAUUACAACCCUAAUUAUUAAUUAGCGUUAAUUACGUUAAUAUUAACUUUAAUUUACCACUUCAGUUGGAAUUAGCUAGGUAGGUAUAUCAAUUCCGUUAACACCACUCACCGCUGCACCAAAAAUGCUAUAAAAUUUAAAAAGGGUUAGUUAUUUUAUUCUACUGUGACCUAACGUCUUUGUAAUAUAUUAUUAUGUGAGCCGUGGUCAAAUUUUCGAGCUAACUGCUGCUUGGUUUAUUGUGACCAAUGUGUAGGAACUCUUAUUAGAUAUGUUAUCUAACCAUUUUUACUAAUUACCUUUCUUAUUGUAAACUAAUUGUGUUUGGGGUUGUUAGAAUUCUUCCGCUGAGACUUAGUUGCCUAUGGAAAGAAAAGUACAGUUAGCGAUAAAAUCUUGUACCAAAAAUUAUUUUUUUGCCAAAAACUUAUUUUAGCUUCACCACGUAUUAUUGUAUAGGUACAUGUACAGGAUCUAACAAAAAUAGUGGGGAUCCGAUUAAGGAACCGUUUAAUAUUUCGUUAUCGUAUUUGUUUAGGAAAAAGUUGAAAAUCAUUUUUGAACGCAAUUUUUUUUAUGAGGCGGUUCAUCUUUCAAGAAAAAAUUCUUUUACUUUUUCCUAAUCAGAACACGAUACCGAAUAUGGCCUUAAACUGAUUCCCACUUGUAACUUCCCGGUUUCUGAUUGUGCUGAAAUUUGGCUUAAUUUCGUAUAAUCUGAUACAAUUAUAUUAACAUGAGCUGAUCUGAUGAUGCAGUCGGAAGGUAGCCAAAGGAACUCUUCGAUGGAAAAACAUAAAAAAACAUUAUUAUUAAAAAGAGUUUAUUGAAUUAGGCUCAUUAGAAUGAUCUCGAGAAGUACUUGAUAGACUUGCAGAAGAGAGAAAGUACAGUCGGCAAUAAAAGUGUGUAUCAAAAAUAUUUUUGACGAUAACCUGAAAUCGUUUUUUGUCUGACAAAAAAAUGUAGAGGCAAAUGGUUGCAUGUCUAACGAUUGACAACUCUCGACUUUCAUUGUUUCUGAUUUUUCAGAAUCUGAUUCUUAAAUCUCAGAAUAGACAAAUUUUAGUUAACCGAACAGAAUAUUUAUUUUAUGAUGUGUGUGUGUAAAUUGUACACAGUUGUUACGAAAAUGUUAAAAGAUCGUUUCUUAUUAUACGGUUUUUGUUUGGAUACUUAAUAUUGUAAGGAAAUAAAACCAAUUACUACUUAA